AUGCUAGAAACGGUGGAAAAGGAAGGCAAAACCUCCAUCAUUUCAUGGCUGCCAGGUGACCCACAAGAUACUUUCAAAGUCCAUGAUAAAGAUAAGUUCAUGCAGCAGGUAUUGCCGCGCUUCUUCAAUCAGACCAAGUUCAAAUCGUUUCUUCGACAACUGAACUUAUGGGGAUUUGAACGAAUACUCGAAUCAGGUCCAAGGCGUGGAGGUUACCGCCAUUCAUUAUUCAUCAAGAAUCAGCCCUUUUUAUGUACUAAAAUGAAGAGAACGAAGAUAAAGGGUGCAAAACAAGGGGAUACAGGGGACUCCCAACAGCAGCAGACGGAAGGGGAGCAACAUCAUCGUGAGGCAAUAUCACACCGCAGUGAUGACGCUGGAGGACAGCGUCUAACCCGGAACAAAACGAAUUUUCUGAAUGACGAAGAGACUUCAUUCGAUACCAUUGAAUACGAAAAGAUACCAGAUCAUGUUCCUGUUGCCGCAGACCUAUCCCGCAUGUAUGAUGAGAUGUCUGUUCUGCUUCUUCCUCCCGCUGAAGCGGAGGAACAUAGUCCCAUACUCCCCCAACCGACUACCAACUUGAAGAGACCGGCUAUAAUGUGA